AUGGAACCGCAGAGAGUUGUGGAGCAGUUCGAAGUUAUCGAACGCUAUGUAACAGAGGGCAGAAGACCUCUGUCUUCUAAAGGUAAUCUUUUAAUCUUCUUACCGGUGAUCUCUGCGGUGUAGCCUUGAUCUUAAAUAGUGAAUGUAAAGCAAAUGCACAGUAUAGCUCACCGAGAGAUGAAGGUCAUGAUUUUUUAUGGUUAUUUUUGCAUGGAGAUUCGUUCUAGGAAUAACUCUUUUUUAAUCACAGCGUACUUUCAGAAGCCCUAAACUAUAUUCCAACUGCAGAAGUUCACACAACUGGAGACAGCUACGUGGUAACCGGUAACGAAGCGGAUCGUGUGUUCAGAGAUGAGGCUGAAAAAAGGCAUAUUUUUAAAUAAUGAUACUUAAUCCAUUGCGUAAUUUUUUUUGACAAUGACAUUUACAGGUACCAAGUGACUGGAGAGCGAGACACUAGUCGAAACGCGUCAUUCUUUGACCGGAGUAGGUGUUUUAAUGCAUACAGUAAAAAAUUGUUUAGGCGGCCCAUAUCCUGAUCAAAUCCUUGCCCCUGAGAAUAUAAACCAAUAUGGUUAUGAUGAACAUGUAGUACGAACAACAAGUGGAGGGGCCAGGAUCGUUGAGACUCAUGGAGGAGGGAGGAUAUUCGAUGACCCACGUCUCAACUCGAGCUCCCUGGUCUUCCAGGACAGAAGCUUAGACACCUCCGGACGUCCGAUCGAAGUAAUCGAACCGACCAUCAUCCAUUCGAGCAGCUCGCGCAUACACAACCAGCCCAAUGCUCCCCAAUCAAUUCUCAAGAACUCCGAUUCACGCCAUUUCUCGUCGUUUGAAGACAAGUAAGGGCAUGGGCAAACAUUUUGAGCGGAGGGGAAAAACUUCUUUCCUUAGGUAAACCCAUCUUUGGGCAUAGUCGAAAAUAUUUUUGGUGUAUUCCCUAAAACAUGCUACCGAAUGCCGAAAUCAUUCCUGCUUACAGCUCGUUGACAAGGAAAGAUAGCUAUAAACAAAUGCAGGAAAGUCAGGCUGACAACAUGUCUUUUGAAGUAAGUUCCUGGAUGUAGAUUGUUUUUAUUUAUAGCCGGCUUCUGAUGCCACGAUGAUCAGUAGAGACUCCAAACGGAAUGCGUGGAAAAAAAGAUCAGUUCAAGGAGGAUUCUGCCUUCAAUUUAAAAACUACUUUGGAGAUCUUGUCAAUGAAAUACGGUAAUGAGAAAUCUUUUUACAUUUUCUUUUUUCAAGCCUAAGCUUAAUGACUAUUGCAGCCAUGCUGAAAUGACUCCAGCGAUGAUAUGCGGCCUUUUGUUGAUACUGUUGUUCCUCUUGUUCUUAAUCAUAUUGUUCAUUAUCAUCCUCCGCUCAGCUUUUGCUCCCUACUCAGUCCAUUCUUUCCUCUUAUUUCCACCCAGAUGUGAAGAAUGUAUCAAGAAGAAUCCAGCUCUGAGUACAUACCGAGCUCCCAGCAAAGUCUACGUUCAUGUUCAGAGUCCAUCAAGAAUAGAUCUGGAGAUGAUUGGGAAUCGUCCAUUCUUAAGCAAUUCUUUCACGGCAUUAGAUUUCAGUUCUGUGAGUUAAUGUUUUCUUUGAUCAAGUGUCAUGUUCAGGGUUAUGUGGCGUAUGCGGAUCACUCGCUCACCAACGACCAUGGAAGACAUACGACCUGUUUCCUAAUGGAGUUGGACAGGAACGUCUUGCCCUCCCAUGCAGUUGUCUUGGAUGCUGUUAGCAAUACUCCCCAUGAAGUUAUGACUGACUUUGGUUGGCAAGAGUAUUGGCAAUACAAGACCCAGCCAAUCGAUGCCAACCAGGCUAUGUCCCACUUCCAAGGGACGGUUGAAGAUUGUGUUGGUGCUCAGUGGUAUCUCCUAACCCAUACUGUUCAUCCUCGUGGCACGUUUAAUCUGCCAACUUGAUUAAUACUGUUACGUCGCUUUUCAGAUGGAUCUUGCUAUGACUGUUACGACUUUUGCUUACCCGACUACGCAAUUCAAAGAACCCACAAAUAUGCAGAUGACGCCACUCUUGGAAUCAGACGUCUCAAUUGUUUCCGGCAUUACGUCCCAGAGUGGAGCAAAUAUCGAGUAGAUCCUGAUGAAGAAGGUGGACAUUGGAAUUAUCCAAGAAAACAAAUCAACACUCAGAGAGACGAACGGGGACAAUGGGUCAACUGGACACCCGUCAGCAUUGUUGGACAACCCGGAUUCAGGAUUCGACGGCGAUAA